AGAAAAGAAUCCACAGUCAGGGAACAGAUGGACACAAGGUGGAACCUCACGCCAGCGCUGCUGACGGAGGUGGCUGGUACUCACUGCAGCAGGCCACGGGCGCUGUCCGGAAAGCAGCUGGGGGAUGCGUUUCAGGUCCUUACUGGACAUCACCUACUUGGACGGGCCACUUCUGCUCAUAGGAGCCUGGCCAAAGGAAACGACAUCUAGCCGAGGACAUCUGUGUGAUGUCAGCCAUCAUGCUGUGAAAUUCCUGGCGAAUUUUUACAUCAGUGGAGGCCAACCCUGGACCCAUGGCUCCCUGAGGCAGAGGCCACUUGUGCCAGACCGGCCCAAGGCUAGUGUGUUCUUGUGGGGCCCCCAGCCAGGGACCGCCUGGGAGAUGUGGCCCCCAGGAGUGCAGGAGUUCCAGGCUGGCCUCAGUGUGCAAACGGGCCCCCUCCAAGAGCACCCCCCUAUCUGCACCCAGAACCUGAGGGAGCUGUGGCUGGAACGACGCCCACCCAUCGUGACAGACCUGCAGACCCCCGGCCCCGCCAAGUACCCGGCGCCGGAUGCUUCAGUGCGCGAGUCCUCCCCACAUCCCCACUUCAGCACCGGCCGCAGGCUCCCCACCCGCGAGGGCGGAGGCCGCAGGGCGUGGCGGACCUUGUGGCUCCAAAGCGAAAACCCCUUCACGCAGAAGGCCGACUUUAACCGAGAGCGCAAGCGGCCAUCGCCUGCGGACUCUCAGCCCCUCAGCCGGCCUGCCUUCCCGGCCUUCAGCUUUGGGGCCCGCCGCCCCGUCUCCAAGACAGCUGAGCCCCCGGCCCGCCCAAAACUGCCGCGGGCCGGGGGUGCGGAUUACCGUACCCAGCCCCAGCUUCAGGCCCCUCCGCAGGCCCCGGGGGGCGAGAAGCUCCCCAGCCCCAACACCUACGACAUCUUUCCUGGGUGCCGCCUGCAGAGCCGCCGCCCGCCCGCCUUCUCCAUGAGCCGCUCACCUGCGUUCGCCUCCUGGGUCAGCUCCUCCUGCAGUCCUGGCCCAGCUGCCUACUACGUGGAGGAUUGCUAUAACUCGCGUUUCCCCUCCGCGCCUGGAGUGGUGAUCCAGGGUGUCCGAAGACCCAAGCGCCAUGACACAGGACCCUUCUGCACCCUGUAGAGCGUCCUCCGCCCAGCCGGCCACCGGGUUAUCCAUGGAACCCUGGUCUCCCUGGGGGCCUUCCCAGGCCUCCCUGUGGAACUAAGGGCCUCCGACUCGGCCUUUUGACUCUCUGGGUGCCUCUUAUCCACCUUCCUGGCCGGCCAACCCCUCUGUGACCUGUGGACAUUGAGGAGGGCCCAGCCUGAAGCCCACCUGCCCACCCGCUUGCCAUACAGAGAUGCUGUUGGUUCUUCCCAACUCUGUUGUGUACCUGACUGGUGAGCUGUCCCAUCGAUGUGGCCUGCUGCAGACCUGUCAUGUUUGGCUUUCCUUGGCCAGGGGUCUCCCGCUGCUUCCCCUUUGGUGCCCUCUUCUCUAGGGUGGGUGCGGUGGCAGCCUGGGACUUCCUGGCUGGGGACAGGAUGGGAGGGAGUCCUGUGGGCAAUACAGGACACCCCCACCUAGCUGUGCUACCCAGGGGACUGGUCAAGCUGCCAGUCAACCCGAGGGUCAGCUGCUAUCUUGAGGUCUACUCGAGGGCCAGUCUACUCCAGGGUCAGCCUGCCCAGUGACCAGGGAGGCCCCAGAGGACCAGCUGGUCAGGGCCUGGCCCCACUUCUUCAGCUCCUGCCCACAGACCCUAUGGUCUUUGGCUUAUGAACUUGCCCAGGGCUGUGCAGGCCAUGCCACAACCAACAGACUUCCUGGGCCUGCCUUUCUACCCAGGGGUUGUUGCCAAGAUUGCCUCCCUCCAAGGGCCUCCUGCAGUUGGUGGUGGCACCUGUCACUGCCCCAGCUCCUCCAGAGGUCCGUGGGCCUCCAUGUCCUGGGCCAGAGCUUGACCCCUUCAAAAAUGCACUGCAACAGCUGUGGCUAUGGUAUGGACAUCAUUCCAUUCUGCAGGGAGACCAAAGCCCAGGGAGUCUAAGUGCAGUGCACCUGGGACGUCCUUUAGGGCUCAACCAUUGGGGGGUUGAGCCCCAGCACCCCUGGGAAUCAGAGCAGUGGCAUGGCAGAUGGCCGUCCUUAGGCCCUGGGCUGACCAGCUCAGCCAGCAGGCAACAGAGACGGAACUGUAGAAGUCCUGGCCUUGGGAGCUUGGCUCACGGGGAAGGGGGUGGAAAGCAGCUCUGCUCACAGCUUCACCACUAGCAACCCCUAGAGCUCAAAGUCAGGAGUGGGACCAGCAGGAAGAAUGGAGCAAUGCCCUCCAGCUGGGGAGGGAGGGCCUCCUGGAGAAGGCAGUGGCAGAAGUGACUUUUAAAGAUGAGCAAGAGUUUGCUGGGCUGUAGGACCGGAAUUUCUAGCAGGAUAAACCUCGGAAGCAAAGGCACACAAAAAGGAAGAGGGUGUGCUGUUUGGUGUGGCCAGACUUGGGAGGAUACAGGGCUGUUUGGAUGUAAGGAGGUGAGCUGGUGAGGUGAAAGGCUGCAGAGGGCUGAAUGCUGGGUCCAGGGGCUUGCACACUUAGCAGUGAGGAGCCCAUGCAGGGUGCACACCAGGCAGUGCCCACUGACUUUGUAUGAGCUUCUUGCACCGCACAGGACAGGGGACAUCAUGAAACCGGAACCUUGAAUUCGCAGCAUGUCAGGAUGGACAAGUCAGCCCGAGGGCCUGCCACCGCGGGUUAAGUUGGGGUUAGAUGCUCAUGGUGAUGAGAGUGAGGAUACCGGUCCUCGGUCACGAUCCCACUUUGUCCCCCAGGUCUCUGCUAGGCUCCUCUGGAAGCACAUUUAUUUGACAGAGAGCACAAGCAGGGGGAGUGGCAGGCAGAGGGAGAGGGAGAAGCAGGCUCCCCACGGAGCAGGGAGCCCCACGCGGGGCUUGAUCCCAGGACACCGCCUGAACGGAAGGUAGACGCCUAACCGACUGAGCCACCCAGGUGCCCCUGGAAGCACACUCAGAGUUCAGUCUUCGCGACGACCUUAGGCUGUGAGCUUCAUUCCCGUCUGUGUCUGACAAGGAGGGAGUCCAGCUCCAGGGAGAGAGCGGGCCGUGCCCCUGGUGGGGCCCCGGGGCAGGCAGCAGCUAGGGCGGAAGGCUGCUUUUCUUGAAGCGAAAAUACUCUCAGCGUCAAAAGGCAGCUGUGAGGUCAGCCACGGGAUUUCUCAUGAUUAUUAAAAAUAAAGUAUACUUGGUCAAAAUAUCAGUUCCUAAAUCCAGAAAGCAUGCCGACCCCGCCGGCAGCACCCUUCCCCGUUCCCCCGGCCCCAGGUGCCCCGCAACACCCCGCCGUGCCCCCAGAAGAACCUUAUAAGGUCACGCGCAGCGCACGCCCCGGGCGCGGGUCGGAGCCCCGGGCGCGG